AUGCCUGGAGGAAUCCACAACCCGUUUCCCUCGUCUUUGCAGAGCGAGUGUGACAAGGCAGCCCAGAUCAUCGAGUCUUUUACCAAUCCCGAUGCCUUCAAUAGCCCGGGCCACACCAUCCCACGAAAGAUUCUCACCGGCGCGAAGGGCCUGGCAAUCCUCACUGUCGCCAAGGUCGCAUUCCUCGGAUCAGGCCGCAUCGGUUCUGGUGUCCUCGUUGCGCGCCUGAAAGAUGGCUCCUGGUCUGCGCCGUCAGCGAUCAUGUCCCUCGGAGGUGGCUUCGGGGGCCAAAUCGGCGUGGAAUUGACAGACUUCGUCUUCAUUCUUCAGAACGACCUUGCUGUACGCACCUUCGCACAGCUGGGAAGUUUAACCCUGGGCAUCAAUGUGUCACUGGCUCUGGGUACACUCGGACGGAAUGGGGAGAUUGCGAGCGGUGUCAGCGCUGGUGGGGUCAUAGGAAUGUUUUCCUAUGCGCAGACCAAAGGUUUAUUUGGUGGUGUAAGUGCCGAAUUGAGCCUCUUAGUCGAGAGUAGACUUGCGAACCGGAAGCUGUACGGAAAUAAAGCCAAGGCACCUGAGUUGCUGGGCGGCGAAAUUCCUCCACCCGAAGAGGCCAGCGCGCUCAUGCGUGCCUUGCAAUCGGACGUCUUCAACGACACUGGCGUGGAACUGAGUCGUGGGUUGGCUUCGGAGGAACCACCCGCUGAAGUCACGAUAGCAAUUCCCUCUGAGUUGCCGUCGGAGGUAGUGUCUGAACGGGCAGUUGAAUUGCCCUCUGAAGCACCUAGCGAGGCACAGGGAGCCACGUCAUCCCAGCCAACUCCUAUCAGAAUGCCGUCAGUAUCUGAUGUAAUCAACACUCCACCCGAACUGCCCGGUUCAAUUCAAGAACUGGAUGCUACACCUGUACAGCCCAGAUCUUCGGACCAGCAUGACCCCGUUUGUGCUCCCCCAUCUAGUGCCAACAGGGUGGAAUAA